CUGGAAGACUCCGUGGCUGUGCCCAGGGCAGCUCAUGGACAGCACAUGGGUUCCCGGGAGUGGCCAUGCUACAGUGUAGGCCCGCUCAAGAAUUCAGCUUUGGCCCUCGUGCCCUGAAGGAUGCGCUGCUGUCCACCGAUGUGGCCCUGAGGCAGCUGUACACCACAGCUUUCUCCCCGGCAGAGCGGCUCUUCCUAGCCGAGGCCUAUAACCCUCAGGGGACACUCUUCUACUCUCUGCGGAUCCGAACAGCCUCCGACUGGCUCCUGAGCCGCCCAGAGGCCCCCGAGGCCUUCCAGGAUUUCUAUCAGUCCCUGCUGGGUCGGAAGCAAAGCCCAGGCCGGAAGCACAUCUACCUGCAACCCAUAGAUCUGAGUGAGGGCUCGGUAGGACGCCCCCUGCUGGAAAGUGUUCGGAGCUACACCGAGGCCUUUUUUCUGGGCCUGAGGGUCAAGUGCCUUCCUUCGGUAACAGCCUCGGCGAUCCAUUGCCCUUCACGCCCCAGGCGGGACUCGGAUCGGCUGCAGUUCCACGCAGAUGGCAUCCUCUCCUUCCUGAAGAGCCACAAGCCGGAAGAUGCACUUUGUGUGCUGGGCCUCACGCUGUCCGAUCUGUACCCCAGAGAGAGCUGGAGUUUCUCCUUCAGCCACUUUCUCCCUGGGCACGAGGUGGGUGUCUGCAGCUUUGCCCGAUUCUCUGAGGAGUUCCUGCAGGGGGAGCCUGGCACCUCUGACCCUGUCCCUGAGGCAGCUGUAUAUAAUCCUGCAGUUCCCGGACCAGAUAGGCACCGCACACUGAGCUUCAGCUCCCUGGGGAUGGUCCAGAGCUGCAAGAUCACGAGCCAUGAGCUAUGCCAUCUCCUGGGCCUGGGGAGCUGCCGCUGGCUGGGCUGCAUAAUGCAGGGUGCACUCAGCCUGGACGAGGCACUGCAGCGGCCCCCCGACCUGUGUCCCAUAUGCCUACGGAAACUGCAACACCUUCUGGGCUUCCGGAUCCUCGACAGGUACAAGGGACUCUAUGCCUGGACCCAGGCUGUGGCAGGGACCUGGCCCAGCUGGCAGGCGGCCGAGCACUCAGGGUCAGAGGAAACCCUGCCCCUCAGCGCAGACUCAGGGCUGGGCAGUGAGAACGACUCAGAGGCACUCACCAGCCUGUCAGAGCCUCUGACUCCCGAUGGUGGAGACCCUGAGCUGGAGCCUCCAGAGGACCUGGAGGGCCAGCUGCCACCAUUGCCCAGGGGCCCUGCUGAGCCUGAGGGGACUCUCCGGGAACAGAGACUCUGGCUAGCGGCCUGCAUCCAUACUCUGGAGAGGGAUGUGUCUGAGGUGGAGCUGGCGCGACUGGACGAGGCUGUGGAUGCACUGACCCCCUGGGAGCUGUUCACCGGGCAGCUGCCGGCCACUCGGCAGGUCCUGCCUAGUGCCCAGGAUGGCGCAGGGCUGCGGAAGGCCCUGGGGGACACUCUGUCCUCCUGGAGGAGGAAGCUGGGCUCACGGAGGUUUGCCAAGGCAGAGUCCCCCCCUUGUCACUAG